AUGCGGGAUUCGAACCCGUGCCCGAAGUUGCGGCGCCUAACUCCGCGUCAUUGCCGCAAGGCGAUGUCGCGCGUAGACGCACUCCAUUUGGGGCCCCGGAAGGGGAUUAUUGGAAGUACCAGUGUGUACCCCUACCCCUUGUCCGACGGCGACCGUUCCCAGGCAGUUUCGUCCCACCCGUUCCGCAAAGAAGGGUGA